ACAUCUAGUAUUCGCGCGUAGUCGAUGAUCCACCGUCGACUACGUGACGUUCGUUCGAAGAAAAGUCUAGCAUCGGUGAUAAGAUGGCGUCGUCGCGCACGUCAGAUCUGCUGGGUUGAACGAGUGGGACGCGGGGCGAUGGAGGGGGGAGGGGGACAGGAAGAGGAGAUAGACGACGGGCAACGGGCACAGGGCACAGGCCACAGGCAGGCAGACGGGCGAGAGGCACGAGAGCCUGUGUCGGCUGUGUCGUCGUCGUGUAUGUACAUGCCUUCGUAUAGAGCGUGCGGUGUCGAGUCCCGGUGUCGUCAUGUCCUCGCGUAGCCGCGUCGCCGUAAUAAUAUCGUGGCAGCCUUGCAACGAGGCGGCGCAAGUCGAUUCUCGAUUCGCGUGAUCCGUCUCGCCGCUUCUCGCUCGACAGUUCCGACUCUGCGUAACGUCGUCGAUGCCUUUGUUCGCGGCCGGACGGAGGAGGACGGGCGCGGAUUGUCGUCGCGACGAGGCGAGGGAGAACGGAAGGACGACGACGACGACGAGGGCGACAAGGGGAAUCUCACUUCUUUAGCCUAGCUGGUAGGUGAAGUGCCCAAGUGUGUGUACUCUGUGUGGCGAGAGAAGGUGCGAUAAUCUGUCUCAUUCCACUCUCUAUUCUCUUUCUCUCUCUCUCUCUCUCUCUUUCUCUUUCUCUCUUCCCUCCGUCUCUCUGCGUGUGUGUCUCUCUGCCUAUCUCGGGUGAAACGGCGCUCCACACCCCGGCGCGGUCCUGGACACGUCCAAGAGGAGGAGGAGGCGACGGCGUAGAAGGAGGCGCGGAGGAGCCGACGACGACGAGAUGCGCGAGUUCAAAGUGGUGGUCCUCGGCUCGGGCGGGGUGGGCAAGAGCGCGCUCACCGUACAAUUCGUAUCCGGCUGCUUCAUGGAAAAAUACGACCCGACGAUCGAGGAUUUCUACCGCAAGGAGAUCGAGGUGGACAACUCGCCGUGCGUGCUCGAGAUCCUCGACACCGCCGGUACCGAGCAGUUCGCGUCGAUGCGCGACCUCUACAUCAAGAACGGCCAAGGCUUCGUCGUGGUUUACAGCCUGACGAAUCACCAGACCUUCCAGGAUAUCAAGGCGAUGAAGGAGCUUAUUACGCGUGUCAAGGGCACGGAGCGCGUGCCGGUGCUGCUGGUGGCGAAUAAGCUCGAUCUGGAGCAUCAGCGGGAGGUCGGCACCGAGGAGGGUCACCAACUCGCGCAACUCUGGGGCUGCCCGUUCGUCGAGGCGAGCGCCAAGAAUCGCACCAACGUUAACGAGAUGUUCGCCGAGAUCGUGCGGGAGAUGAACUUCAGCCCUGAGAAGGAGAAGAAGACGUACUGCUGCUGCAGCGUCCUCUAAUACUUAAUCAAAAUCCCCAAUGGUCCGGAUUAUUUACCCGCGGACCGAACUAGGUGAAGGAAAAUAUAAUACAGUGUGUACAGUGUGUUACGAGGAAGAGCUUGUCGUUCUCCUCUUCAUCGGCGUGCUUCGUUCUUGGUUGUCCUGGAACUUCUCUUCGCGGCUCUUUCGACCCGUUAAUGGAGAGGCAGGGAUGUGCUAAGGGAAGAUAGUGUACAGUGGGGGCUUUCGGGCAGACCUCAUCAGCGUGUUGUCCUGGGUGGAUCUUUCUUCUGGAAAUCUCUUCAACCUGGAAAUCUUUCUUCAACCUUGGAAAUCUUUUCAACCUGGAAAUCUCUACACAAUGUGCUACGCAUCUACCAAGGCUAACUUAUGUCGAACGUUGUAUGAAUUUUCCAAUGGGGGACUAGGGUUCUCUCCUUUUCUAACUCCGAAGACCGUCCGGCGAGCGACGGCCGUUAAACACAGAUAUUUUAUUAUACGCGAAUAUAGUAUUAUUGUAUGUAAUAUUAUUGUAAUAUAUAUACAUAUAUAUAUAUAUAUAUAAAUAAUAUAGGUUUAAGAAAAAGAGAGCGAGCGAAAGGUAGCUUUUCCUCGGCAAAAGGACCAAUACUCCGCUCGCGCGAGAAAAGAGAUGUCGAAAACCGUAAACCAAACUCGAUAUCGGCUUUCUGCUCAAUUUCAGACUAAAUCAUUGCACAUAGGUUUCACAAAUUGAGACUGGGUGCUGUGCUAAGAAAAAAAGAGGAAAUACUCGCAGACUUUGAAGGAAUCACUGUGAUGGUCAACCGUUAUGGUAUGGUGAUAGAUUCAGCGAUAAGGGGCUAAGUUUGAGCAAAAGUUUAAUAUGAUAUAUCGCAUGAUUUGCAUGCAGUAGUAGUGCGAAGGUUACACAAUCCAUCUGAUUAAAAGAUAGGAUGAAGGUGGUUCGGUUUUGAGAGUACACUCUUCUCUGUGCAAUUGUUCUGUAUUAAUUUAAGCUAAGGAGGCUGAUUAACGAGAGAGCGAGAUAUCACCUAAACGUUUUUGUACGAGACGUUGUUGGAGACAUUAAUGUACAGGGUGUGUUUCGUCUAAUGUAAUCAUUCGAAAUGUCUUUGUUGUAUUAUUAAAAAUACAAAAAGAUGUUUCAAAGAAAUGAGUUAUUUAACUAGAGAGGCAUUCUAAUCACAACAUUUGCCUUUUCUUUAAAUAAUUUCUUUUUGAAACAUCUCUUCAAAUAUUUCAAAAUAUAUUUCAGAGAUCAAAACGUCCUGUAUAUCGGUUGUAUAGUCCUAACAUUGAACUAUUUUAUUGCACGCAAGAGGGAAGGACAUUAAAAGAAUGAAGUUUUAUAUGCGACAUUCUGACAAUUGAAGGAUAACCCAACUGUUGUGAGAUUUCUUGUGAUCCGUUGUGUAGCAAAUACUAAUAUCUUAUUUUGGUUUUGCUUUAAUGUCUGUUACAGCGCAAUACUGUAUUUGUAAACUCUAAUGUGCGGGAGAAGCAGAGCAAACUAAUGUAGUAGUCUGAUUAUAAAAUCGAAUUUUAAUAAGUUGAAGGCCGAAAGUUAAAGACUGCCUUUAAUUUAUUAAAAUCUAACAAAAUCGCAGACUGUUGUGACACAAUGACGGAAAUAAUUAAGAGAAACGUUUCGUAAGACUAAUUAAAGUAAUAAUGUCAAUCUAAACUCGUAAUUUGUAAGCUUUGUACGGUAAAAAAAAGUUUGUACUGCAUAAACCGCAAGACUGCACAUUUGAUCUGAUUACUAUGGGAUUGAUGACUUUGUAACGAGUGAUCUUACACACCAAUGACAGAGCACAAUAGUUUAUUCAUAGUAGAGUUAAAAAGAAAAUGGCAGGAAUUCGCACUGAUCCCUUCAACUGCAAAUCAUAACAUGCAUGCUACUAUUUAUCAUUGAUAAUGUGACAACAUCAAUGUGAAAAGUAUCGUAAUAACAGAAUCUCUAUAAUGUUCUUUGAGAAAUAUUAUUUGUCUAUCUCCUUACAUGAAAAAUUGUAGAAUCUAAAUAUACUUCAGUAAAAAUUGUCUAUAUAAUAAUAGAACAUUAAAGAUAUUUACAAAAAUAUCAAAUGAUUAUGUAAUUGAAAAUGCAAUUACGAUACUUUUUAUUGCUUUCGGAGAGAGAAAACCCACAGAAUCUAACUGUAUGAAAUAUUGUUGAAUUUGUGAGGGCAAAAAAAAACAAUGCAUGUAAAAAGAAAUUAGAACACAAUGGUUCUUCUUUUCGUAAGUUACUCGUGAAAUUGAUUGAGUGCUUUAGAAAUUUUAUAAAUUACAUUUAUUAUUUUACUUUUACUUUAAAAAUGUAAAAUUAUUCUACAUCGACAGAUUGAAACAUGAAAAAAUUCUAAAGAGAGAUAUAUGACUACAAAAUUUAUUUUAUAAACUUUUAUAAUCAUAUUUCUCGUUGUGUAUUUAUGUAUAAUUAUAUUCUUUAUAUUUUAUAAUUAUACUUUGCACAUUGGUUUCUCAUAUAUUCGUACAGAAAUCAAUUUUAUAUCUAUUCUCUGUGCUGCAAUUUCGUCGAUAAACAAUGAUAUAUAUUUUUUGCAUCCUUAUAGUUUCUAAAACAUUCAAUCAAUUUUGCAAGUAACUAUAAUAGUGAUAAGGUGUGUGUAAUAUUUCUCGUGUGUGAUCACACACACAACUUGUAUUAUCUGAUGUUAAAUAUCGUUUCUGGCGAUAAACACAGCGUAAAAGUCAUUAUAUGCUAUUCAUUUCCAUUGUCAUUUAACUCUUGGAUGCAUAAAAGGAUUUUUCUUAUUUUUUUAUGAUAUUUUCAAAGCCCUCCGAGACCAAAAAUUUUUUUCUUCUAGAAUUUAAUUUUUAGAGAAGUCUCAAGCCUAUUUUCUGACGAUAUUCAAUUUGAAUCUGUCGAUUAUUUAAAUACUUUUAAAUUUGUGAACCAUCUUUUAUCAGGCUGUCGUUGUAUCCGAGAGUUAAAUGCAAAAUAGAAAGGUAAACGAGUGUCACUCGAGAUCCUUUGACCGAUUUUACUCUGAAAGAUAUUGUUUUGCUUCUGCAACAAGAUGUAUUUAUAAUUUGCAUAGCCUCUGUAUUCUAAUUUACAACUUUAACGCAUGUAUCGUUUGAAUCGUAUACGCGCAAUAUUAUUUUCCGAUACUUUCGAGGGAAAUUGCGGAAAAAUUAAGAGCUAAAAAAACAAUAAAAAAAAAAAAACAAAAGAAUGAACUGAUGUACAGUAUUUCUACGAUUGGUAGUUAGAUUGAUCUUAGAUAUUUUUGGGAGGAGGUAUCGUUCAUAUACUUUGGGAGAGAGAACACGUGUGAAAUUUUAAAUAUUGUGAAAGAGCACUAUCGGGGUGUACAGUCUUCGACCGGCAUUUUGUGUACUCUUCUUUUUUUCCGGAGUCUCGUGUGUUAAAAAAAAAAAA